GCAAACCUCAAAACCCCAUCCCAAAACCCUCUUUCUUUAGCUCCUCUGUUCUCUCUCUCUCUCUCUCUCUCUCUCUCUCUCUCAAACUGUGUUCGUCUCUUUCUUUUAACUCUCUCACUACUUGAACGUGAGAGAAACUUAGCUCAGAGACGCUUCCAACCGAACAUUCUCGCCGAUUGAUACUAUUGAGGCAAUGAGCCAGCUUCAGAGGAGCAUGUUAUUAGCUUCUUCUUCUAGUAAUGCCAUUUCUUCCUCUGUAUUUUCAACAGCUCCGUCUGCUUCUUCCUCCUCCCGACUACGUCCUUUCAGGAUAAAGUUGCAGGGCAGCACUCUUCAAAAUUAUACUAGCAAAUGCAUACCUGUUUUACCAUUUUCCACUGUUUGUAAUUCAGCCAGAUGUUCUCAGCUUGGUUUUAGAAAAGGUGGAGUAACAUUUGCUAUCAAGGCUGGGCAGUAUCGAGCACGCGAAGGGCCAAGUGUUUUCACUCUAUAUUCCCGCUUACCGUUGAGAUUUCCUCAUUCUGCUGCAUCACCAAUUGUUUCUAACCAACAGCUGUUAAAUUGCACACAUAAAUUUCCUGAUUAUAGGGAGUCUGGAAGAAAGUUUUUUUCCAACACUACAGAAGCAUUGAAUGGAACAAGUGCAUUCCCAUUUGAAGGAUUGAAUAAAAAUUGGAAGGUUGCAAAGCCUGUUGCUACAUCCCGGAAAAAGAGAAUUAGUGCUUCAGAGCCCUUAGGCUCCACCAGUGUUGAUGGAACAAAUUCAAGCAAUCAGUUGGUUGGAGCUACAAAGGAGGCGAAUCUAGUUUCAUCUAGUUCUUCUUCAUCCAUUAGGAAAGCAUCCAAGGGUUUGAAUGAAAAGAAGUCUUGGAGCAAGAAAAAGAAAGAAGCUAUUUCUUCAACCAAUGAUGCAGAUGUUGAAGCCGUAGGCAAGGAUGGUCAGGCAAAGAGCUUUGAUAGAAGCAAUAUUGACCAGGAUGUUGUACAAGAUCCAAAGAAAAAUGUAACCGGGGGCAGUUCCAAAGAUUCUGCUUCAACCCAACAACAAUCCAAUAAGAAAAAACGUAACUCCAGCAGAAAAAAAGAAGUUUUAAAAGACGCUAAUAAGUUGCCACAGGAGGCAAGCGUCGUAUUCGAUGCAAGGUGGACAUCUCAGGGAAGAACCACUUUCAAGCAGCUAUAUCCCCCAAUGGGAAAAUCUGUUAUGGUGGUGGAAUCUGUUACAAAGGCAAAAGUUAUUCAGAAUUAUCUUGGUGAUAUGUUUGUGGUGCUACCUAGCCAUGGCCAUGUUAGAGACUUGGCUGCAAAGUCAGGUUCUGUAAGACCUGAUGAUGACUUUAGUAUGGUGUGGGAGGUUCCUUCUGCUGCUUUGACUCAUCUCAAAAGCAUGCAAGUUUCUUUAAAUGGAGCAGAGAACCUUAUUCUUGCAUCUGAUCCAGAUCGAGAAGGUGAAGCUAUUGCUUGGCAUAUAAUUGAGAUGUUGCACCACCAGGAUGCUCUACAUGAAGGUAUUAGCAUAGCAAGGGUUGUCUUUCAUGAAAUAACUGAGGCUUCUAUCAAGAGUGCCCUGCAAUCUCCUAGAGUAAUUGAUGCUAACUUGGUCCAGGCUUACCUUGCACGGCGUGCUUUAGAUUAUUUGAUUGGAUUUAAUAUUUCACCAUUAUUAUGGAGGAAAUUACCAGGUUGCCGAUCAGCUGGGCGUGUUCAAUCAGCUGCACUCGCCCUAAUAUGUGACAGAGAAAUGGAAAUUGAUGAAUUUCAUGCACAAGAAUAUUGGUCUAUUGACAUUGAGUUGAACCAAAAAGAGUCUUGUUCUUUAGUGGAGGAUUUUGCAGUCCCUGCACAUUUGACCCAUUUUGAUUCUAGGAAGUUAAAUCAGUUUGCAAUCAGCUCCAACACGGAGGCAAAGAAUAUAGAAACUGCGCUGAAAUCAGUGAAUUUUCAAGUGCUUAGCUCUAAAAAGACUAAAGUGCGAAGAAACCCUCCAAUGCCGUAUAUAACAUCCACACUUCAGCAAGAUGCAGCAAACAAAUUUAAUUUCUCUGCAUCUUACACAAUGCAGCUUGCCCAGAAACUUUAUGAGGGAAUUCAACUGGCUGACGGAAAAGCAGCUGGCCUAAUAACUUAUCUUAGAACGGAUGGGCUACAUAUCUCUGAUGAAGCUGUUAAGGACAUUCGCACCCUGAUUAUGCAACGAUAUGGGCAGAAUUUUGUUCCUGAAAGUGGACCCAAAUAUUUUAAGAAGGUGAAGAAUGCUCAAGAGGCUCACGAAGCCAUCAGACCCACUGAUGUGCAACGAUUACCCUCUAUGCUAGUGGGAACACUUGAUGAAGAUUCUCACAAACUAUACUCUCUUAUUUGGCUCAGAACGGUGGCAUGUCAAAUGGAAUCUUCUAUCACUGAACAGAUUCAAAUUGAGUGUGGACCUUCGGAUGAAUCCAUCAUUUCUCGAUCUACAUGCUCAAGAGUUCAAUUUCGUGGAUUUCAAGAAGUUUUUGAGGAUCCAGAAGCUGAUGCGGUUAAACAUAAAGACCAUGAAGAUAACGGACGGGAUGAACUAUUCAGAAUUCUGAAUGCAUUGAAGCCAGGGGAUCAAUUGUCUCUUGCUGCGGUUGAACUCAAGCAACAUUUUACCCAACCCCCACCCCGCUAUUCUGAGGGAGCAUUGGUUAAAAAGAUGGAGGAGCUAGGGAUUGGAAGACCUUCCACAUAUGCAACCACAAUAAAAGUUUUACAGGACAGGAAAUAUGUGUCAGUGAAAAGUCGUGUUCUACAUCCAGAGUUUCGUGGGCGCAUGGUUUCGGCAUUUCUUUGUCAUCAUUUCUCUGAGGUCACCGAUUAUAGUUUUACUGCAGACAUGGAAAAUGAGCUUGAUAAUGUCUCGGCUGGUUUAACUGAAUGGAAAGGCCUCCUAAGAGAUUAUUGGACCCGGUUCAGCUCAUAUUUUGAAAGUGUUAAUAGUGUUCAUAUUCAUCAGGUGGAAAAGAUGUUGGAGAAGAAAUAUGGGAGCUUCAUAUUUUCUUUUCUUCCUGAUAAUUCCAGAACAUGUCCAAGUUGUCAGGAGGGCACUCUGACCUUCAAACUUAGUCGGUUUGGUGCUGGCUAUUUCGUAGGUUGUGAUCAACACCCAAAAUGCAAGUAUAUUGCAAAAACAUCACAUGGUGAAGAUGAAGACAAUGACAACAGUUUGAAAGAGCCAAAAUUGCUUGGUCUUCAUCCAGAUUUAAAUGAAAAGAUUCUUUUGAAGAAAGGUCCAUUUGGGUUAUAUGUACAACUUGGUGAGGACAGGAAAGGGUACCUGCCCAAAAGAGCCUCUCUUUCCCAGAUAAAGGACGUGACCUCUAUUACUCUCGAGGAUGCCGUUGAACGUUUAUGCUACCCAGUUACUUUGGGAAAUCAUCCAAAGGAUGGCCAACCAGUGAUAAUAAAGAUGGCAAGAGUUGGAUUCGCAGUUGGACAUGGACGCACAGCAGCUUCCGUUCCUGAGAAUUUGAAGCCAAAUGAUGUCGAUUUAGCGAAAGCGUUGGAGCUUCUCUCAAGUAGUAAUGUUAGGAGGUCUGGGCGUUCAAAAAGGAAGCCCAAGGUUGCAAGCUGUUGAGAUGUUUUAAGCUUUCAUUAGAGUAGGUGAUUUAUGUGUGUUGCCCUUUGGCUUAUUUAUUCAUUUUUAUCAGCCUCAUGAGGCAUGUUUUUUCAUUUUAGUUUUGACUUUUAUUAUAAAUUUAGCUUCUCUUUCGUUCGAUCAUUAUAAUUAAUCUUAUGGUGAUAAAAAAAAAUUACAUAGAAUUAGUGUUUGAGUUCUGAUCAUUACUCUUGAAUGUCAAUUGAUGUCUAUUAUUUUUAAUAUCAUAUCAGUAGUAUUGAUUUUAUUUCAUUUAAGGUCGUGUUUACCAUUUAAUUGUGACAGUCGUGUAAAAUGCGAUAUGUUCAUUUAUAUUGUAGCAGUAGUAACAGUAUAUGUAAUAGUAUCAGUAAAGGUAUAUUUUGUGUAA